AUGUCUCUCGUUAAUCUGGCCCACGUCUGCUCACAUCUGCAAAACGCCUCUCUCGCACGACUAGGCCUAACAUCAAUACCCUACACCAAACUUCACCUCUCACUGGCCCUCCUCUUACAAAAGCAAGGCUUCCUUUCACAAGUCAAACUCGCCGGUCCAUCACCCCCAGCAUCAUGCUUUGGCCAGGGACCCCGGGACGAUCACGCCGUUACAAACCAUCCUCACGGCGCUGCUGGAAGGAAUAGAUACAGCCCAGAGGCAGCAUUGGCAUUGGCGAUACGGAAAGGGCUGGAUCGCGAGGGACUUCUCGGUGCAGGCUUUGGCGAAGAGGCGGUAGAUUUUGCUCAGCAGCAUGCAUAUAGGAGUAGAGAGGAGCUGGAAGCACAAGGAUGGCGGAGACUGGCGAUACAGUUCAUUCAAAACUCACAGGCGGAGAUCGAUAGGUUGGCCGAGGAGACAGAAAAUGAAUUCCAGCUGAGAAGGGGACGCUGCGCAGACGAGGAAGAAGAGCAGGCGUUGAUGAACGAAGUGGGCAGCAGCCCGCGAGAACGACGAGAAAACGUGGAGCAGGACUUCCUCGCUCAAUUACCACAGGAGAGGAGCGAACUCUUCCAAAGAUACGGCUCAACGCCAGAAGAGUCGCUAGAAGAGAUCCCCUUCACCUGGACCGACCUCAAAGCCAUCGCGGGCCUGAACGCCUUCAUGAGCGAACGCGAAAUCCGCCAAAACGGCAUCACAAUCAACGCCAUGGGCCUCGACGUGCCCAACCAAGGCAUCACACUCCCGCAAACCCGCUUCCACGACCCCGACAUGCUCGAAGCCGAAGGCGUUGUGACGCAAGCCAACCGCGCCUCGCGAAGACUCUGGCUCGGACUGAAAUACUACCAGAGCAUGCCGGUCCUCAGCAACGCCAAGAUGAUCAGCAAGCCCACGAAGCGGAUAUGGUUGAACAAUCGGGAUCUCGCGAGGGUGGUGAGGGGGAACCAGGCGGGGGAGGUGAAGCCCAUGACGAGGAUCGGGGAGAUUAUGGCGGUGAGUACUGAUAAGGGGGUUAUGGAGGCGAGGGAGUGUGUGGAGAGGAGGAUAGGGGGCCAGCCGCUGUGUCGGGUGUGGUAG